CAAAUGAAAACUAAUCAUCUAUAAAUAUCCAUCAUUACAUGUUUCAAAAGACUAAACUUUUUUGUACUACACACGAGCUAUGGAAACAACAACUGUUUAUGGUGUUCUAGGAUUAGCAGCAAUCUUGGUGUUAUGCAUAUGGAGAAUAUUGAACUGGUUAUGGUUCAAACCGAAGAAGAUCGAGAGGUAUCUAAGAGACCAAGGCCUCAAAGGUAGCCCUUAUAAGUUCAUGUAUGGAGACUUGAAAGAGUUGGCGCGGAUGAUGACCGAAACCAAGUCCAAACCCAUGAGUCUAACUCAUGAUAUCGCACCUCGCGUCAUGCCCUUUUAUCAUAAAUCCCUCACCACUUAUGGUAAAAAUUGUUUUACAUGGAUCGGAUUAAAACCUGUGGUACACAUAUCAGAACCAACUAUGAUCAAAGAAGUCUUGGCUAAUUAUAACACAUUUCAAAAGCCAAGCGGAGGUAAUCCAUUAGAAAAGUUGAUAGCAAAAGGAUUAGUGGAUGUCGAAGCUGAACAAUGGGUUAAACACAGAAAAAUCAUCAAUCCUGCGUUUCAUGUGGAGAAGCUCAAGCAUAUGGUACCAGCAUUUUCUAUAAGUUGCAAUGAGAUGAUUGAAAAAUUAGGAAAAAGAGUAAAGAAAGGAAGCUCAUGUGAAGUAGAUGUGUGGCCUUAUCUUCAAAAUUUUACAGCUGAUGUAAUUUCACGUACAGCCUUUGGCAGUAGUUUUGAGGAAGGAAGAAAAAUAUUUGAACUUCAAAGAGAACAAGCAGAGCUAGUUAUGAAGGCUGCAAAUUCAUUUUACAUCCCAGGAACAAGAUAUUUGCCGACAAAAAACAACAAGAGGAUGAAAGAGAUCGACCGAGAAGUGAAAAGUUUAAUCAAGAACAUAAUUAAUAAGCGAGUUGUGGCGAUGAAAGUCGGGGAAGCUAGCAAUGAUGACCUUCUUGGAAUACUUCUAGAUUCUAAUCACAAGGAAAUCGAAGAACAUGGGAAUAGCAAUUCUGGAUUAAGCAUAGAUGAAGUAAUUGAAGAAUGCAAACUUUUUUACUUUGCAGGACAAGAGACUACAGGGAAUAUGCUUGUUUGGACUAUGAUUUUGUUAAGUCAAAAUACUCAUUGGCAGACACGUGCAAGGGAGGAGGUUUUACAUGUCUUUGGAGAUAAAGAACCAGAUAUUGAUGGCCUCAAUCAUCUAAAAGUUAUCAACAUUAUUUUCAAUGAGGUUCUUAGACUAUAUCCUGCAGCGGUAUUACUAAGACGAAUGACACAACAAGAAACCAAAUUAGGCAAAAACUUAACUUUACCGCAAGGAGUCAUCAUCCAACUAAAUGCAUUAAUUUUACACCAUGACAAAGACACGUGGGGUGAAGAUGCAAAUGAGUUUAAUCCUGAAAGAUUUGCUCAAGGUAUUUCAAAGGUGACUAAGGGUCCAGCAUCAUAUCUUCCGUUUGGUGGUGGCCCUCGUAUAUGUGUUGGGCAGAAUUUUGCUCUGUUGGAAGCGAAAUUGGCUCUUUCAACGAUUCUACAACGUUUCUCUUUUCAGCUAUCUCCAUCAUACUCGCAUGCUCCGACUAGUAUACUUACUCUACAACCUCAGUUUGGUGCACAUUUGAUUCUACACGGACUUUAGGGAAUUUAAUUAUCUCUUGUUUUAGUUGAUUUUUAUCUGGAUUAAUGGUAUAAAAUAAAAAGUUCAAUUC